CAAGGACAACGAAUCAACGGUCCCGUAAAAGAUCAAGGAAAAGGUGACCGACAUAAACGACGCAGAAAAGGCCGACGUGGAGACAGAGACAGGUGGCGCGCCCCGGUUCUGUGUCCCUUCCCCCCCUUCGGUGCCUGCUUACACGCUCCUUCACUACGAGGCUCAAAGCUUUUGGCCCGCGUCCGCCCCAACCAACCCGCCCGCCGGCGAAAACAACCGCCCUCCUUGCCUCCCGCCCAGCAUUCCCCAUACUUUUCCGAACCGCAUUGCCUAUUUCUCUUGCACGCUCUCUCUCCUUUCGCUUUUUUAAUUCUCCUCUAUACCUUCCUCCCUCCUCCCUCCCUCUCUGUCUGUAUACACCACGACCACAUUCUCUCUCUCCCAUCUUCUCACAUCACACCUCGCGCACAGUCCCUCCCAGUACAGUCGUGCGUGUAUCUGUUGGGACAACCACUCCAAAGGUUCUCACGCUCCGGCACACUUCCUGCCUUGCUCGACCGACCUUGCGAGUGAAGCGGACGGCCGCCCAACAUGUCCGAGUCUUCGACCUCGGCCUCCAAGGCCCAGGCUGCGGCCUUCCCGGACGGCACAACCGACUACAAGCCACUCCGGAACAAUGGCAAGUGGGAUGCCAGCAAGGUGCACAUCGCCGACACGCCCAUGACUUGGUCCAACAUCCACAAGCACAUCAACUGGCUCAACACAACCUUCAUCAUCUUCAUCCCCAUGAUUGGCUUCAUCUCGGCCUACUGGGUGCCCCUCCGCUUCUAUACCGCCAUCUUCGCCGUCAUCUACUACUUUAACACCGGCCUCGGCAUCACAGCUGGGUACCACCGUCUUUGGGCCCACACCUCAUACAAGGCUACCCUCCCCCUCAAGAUCUAUCUUGCCGCUGUCGGCGCUGGCGCCGUAGAGGGCUCCAUCCGCUGGUGGUCUACCGGACACCGCGCCCACCACCGUUACACCGACACCGAAAAGGACCCCUACUCGGUCCGCAAGGGCCUUCUCUACUCCCACCUGGGAUGGAUGGUGUUCAAGCAGAACCCCAAGCGAAAGGGACGCACCGACAUCACCGACCUCAACGAGGACCCCGUCGUCGUAUGGCAGCACCGUAACUACCUCAAGUCGGUCAUAUCCAUGGCUCUCGUCUUCCCCACGCUCGUCUGCGGCCUCGGCUGGGGCGACUGGUGGGGCGGCUUCAUCUACGGCGGCAUCCUUCGCAUCUGCUUCGUCCAGCAGGCCACCUUCUGUGUCAACUCUCUUGCCCACUGGCUCGGCGACCAGCCCUUUGACGACCGCAACUCGCCCCGCGACCACGUCAUUACCGCGCUCGUCACCCUCGGUGAGGGAUACCACAACUUCCACCACGAGUUCCCCUCCGACUUCCGCAAUGCCAUUGAGUGGUGGCAGUACGACCCCACCAAGUGGAUGAUCUGUGUCUGGAAGUACCUUGGUCUCGCCUACGACCUCAAGCAGUUCCGUGCCAAUGAGAUCGAGAAGGGCCGCGUCCAGCAGCUGCAGAAGAAGCUCGACCAGAAGCGCGCUACCCUUGACUGGGGCACUCCCCUCGAGCAGCUCCCCGUCAUUAGCUGGGACGAUUUCGUCGACGAUGCCAAGAACAAGGGCAAGGCCCUCAUCGCCAUCGCUGGUGUCAUCCACGAUGUGGGCGACUUUAUCAAGGACCAUCCCGGCGGCAAGGCCCUCAUCUCCUCGGCCAUCGGCAAGGACGCCACGGCCAUCUUCAACGGCGGCGUCUACAACCACUCCAACGCCGCCCACAACCUGCUUUCCACGAUGCGCAUCGGCGUCCUGCGCGGCGGCUGCGAGGUGGAGAUCUGGAAGCGAGCUCAGUUCGAGAACAAGGACGUCACCUACAUGAACGACUCAGCAGGUCAGCGCAUCGUCCGCGCCGGCUCUCAGGUUACCAAGGUCUUCGACCCCGCGGCGAGCGCCGACGCUGCCUGAACGGUUUAUCGUAUCGUUGAGCGCGCUACUUGGUCGUCACAGCUCCCAUGCAGGAACAGGCGUGGGGCUCUUAAUGUGGUUGAGGAUUGAGGAUGUAUGGGGCGGGCGGGGCGUGGGUUGGGGUUCUUGUGACGAAUGCUGUGACCCAAGCGCUCGCCACCUCUUGCCAAAGAGCCCUUGACCGGCAGCCCGCCCAUAGCAAAACAAAUCAUGACUGGCGUUGGAACGGAGUUGGGUUGUUUUAUAAUUUGUCAAGGUUUAGCAGCGGCCUUUUGGGAAGGAAGGGAAAAGAGCAUAACGAAUACUGGUGACGACACAAGGAGCAAGCACCAUUAGAAUAUGCCCCUGGCGGUCUGCCGAGGUUUUAACACCCCCAUACUAUCAAUACACACAAUGAUC